GGAGGAGCGUCGAGAAAGAAAAGUGAUUUCACCGUGUGUUUUUGGCGUUACCCUGCACUGUAGACACGCUUGGCUUGGCUGGCAUUCGUGUUUGUAUUUCACAAUCACAUUUCCCAUUCAUAAAAUUAUUAUAUACUCUGAUUCUGAUGUGGGUGUGGUGGGACUUGUGAGAGAGAGAGAGAGAGAAAGAAAAUGAUUGAUAGCAAUAACAAUGUCAACAUGAGCCACCACAAUCCUAAUUUCACAGGAACAAAGGAAGUUGUUGUUGAAGACGAGGAAUCACCAUUGUUGGCGUUGCCACUGCUAAGAAACAGAGAGGAAGAUGAACAAGGGUCAGGGUCAAAGGCAUCGGUUACUGGUUCUGUGUUCAAUCUCUCAACAACCAUCAUCGGCGCCGGAAUCAUGGCCUUACCUGCAGCCAUCAAAGUCGUCGGCGUCGGCGUCGGUGUCGUCGCCAUCGUUUUCCUCGCCUUCCUAACACACACCUCUCUGGAGAUUCUCCUCAGAUUCACCAGAGUUGCCAAGGCUUCCACCUACGCCAACCUCAUGGGUGAUGCCUUUGGGAGUUCUGGGACAUUGCUGUUUCACCUCUCUGUACUUAUCAACAACUUUGGGAUACUUGUUGUCUACGUUAUCAUAAUUGGCGAUGUCUUGUCCGGAACAUCAUCGAGUGGUGUUCAUCAUUUUGGGGUACUUGAAGGGUGGUUUGGUCAGUGCUGGUGGACUGCACGUACUUUUGUUCUUCUUCUCACAACCCUCUUCGUGUUUGCUCCAUUGGGGUUCUUUAAGAGGAUAGAUUCAUUGAGACAUACUUCUGCCUUAGCUGUGGCUCUGGCUAUUGUGUUUCUACUCAUAACUGCUGGAAUUACAUUCGUCAAAUUGUUAAAUGGCAGUAUAGCUAGUCCGAGGUUGCUUCCUAAUAUUACUGAUGUUACAUCCAUAUGGAAUCUCUUUACAGCAGUUCCAGUUCUUGUGACAGCUUUUGUUUGUCACUACAAUGUGCAUACAAUAGACAAUGAGUUAGGAGACCCUUCCCUGAUGCAACCAGUUAUACGUGCAUCGCUGGUCCUGUGUUCUAGCAUUUACAUUCUUACAGCAUUAUUUGGAUUUCUCCUAUUUGGUGAGUCAACACUUGAUGAUGUGCUGGCCAACUUUGAUACUGAUCUGGGCAUCCCUUAUAGCAGUCUACUCAAUGACAUUGUUCGUAUCAGCUAUGCCCUCCACCUCAUGCUUGUUUUUCCAGUUAUCUUCUUCUCACUGCGCUUCAAUUUGGACGAUCUUAUCUUUCCUUCAGCUAGGCCCUUGGAUUUGGAUAAGUGUAGGUUUGUCUUGAUCACCACUGGACUCAUUGCUUUAAUCUAUGUGGCUGCAAAUUUUGUACCUAGCAUCUGGGAUGCAUUUCAAUUCACAGGAGCAACUGCCACCGUUUGCCUUGGGUUUAUUUUCCCUGCUGCAAUUGCUCUUAGGGAUCCCCAUGGCAUUGCAACAAAGAAGGACAAGAUUUUAUCCAUUGUCAUGAUUUUUCUGGCUGUGUUCUCAAACGUUGUGGCUAUAUACAGUAAUGCUGAUGCCAUGUUCAGAAAACAUGUGGAUCCUCACCAAUGAGUUUUGUGUUGCCUACAUUAGCAUUCAUUGAGAGAUCUGUGCUCCCAGUUCAUUAAACUAAUAUUCAUGUUCUUGGCCUCGAAACCAGCAAUGGCUUUGAUGAUAGUUCAAUAGAUCAAAUUGUACGAGUUAAUAUUUUUUGUGAAGUUGAUUUCAAAAACUACUGGACUUUUUCAAGGGUCACAUUGCAAAAGGUUUUGAAAGUACAAGUGAAAGUGGAAGACUUUGAUCAAAUUUACAUGUGGAAGACUGUCUGAAAUAUGGGUAUUCAUAUAGUACAUUUAAUAUUCGAUAUUUCUCAAAGCACUUAUAGAGUGGUGCCCUGAGAGUGCCAAUCAGGUUUGGUUUCUGAUUCGUCUGUUUUCAUGUUAUCCUUGAAUAAUUAUUUUUUGUAAUAGUAUACCUACAAUGAAAGUAGGUUUAGUUAAGGGGAAUAAAUAUCAUAUAAACAAUAAUUAUACCUUCCGUGAUUGAAUGAACACUGUUUUUAAAUUUGUGAAGUCA